AUGUUACAACAUAUGAGACCGUUAAUCAUCUUGGUUGUGGGGGAGAACUGCGGUUCCCAGAAACCCUAGCGGUUUUGAAGCUUUGCAAGUGAUCCAUACGAGGUCAACAAAGCGCCGAGCCUCAGCUGCUGGAUAGCUUUCUGUCGAACAAUAUUGCACGGUCGAAAGGGGCAAAGGUCAACAGCUUCUCUCUCAUGCGGACGACGGCAUGCUAGCUGUGUACCUACUAUUUCAUCAUCCUGUAAAAUGGUUCAUUCCAGGUAGCUCAGCCUGUCUUCACUCACAGAGGACCAAACGGUGUGGGACAGCACCACUGCUCUUUCAUUCCAGCCGGAUCAGUUUUGCUUCACAUGCUGAUCUGAUAGAGCAGCAGAACGGCAGCGCUCCGUAUCCAGGGGCGACCGACCAUCCAGCAGCCACGAUGGGAGCGGACGGAGCGGCGGCGGGGAAAGAUGUGGAUCUGAAGACGGCGCCGCCGCUGGAAGACGGCGAGGGACGCGGGGACCCGGAGGCGGCCGCGGUGCCGUGUCCCUCCGAGGACGUCGGGAAGCUGACGUACUCCGUGAUGUUUCUGUGUUUCUACGGGUUCAUGGCUUCCAUAAGGCCCGGGGAGUCGUUCAUCACACCCAAUCUGCUGAGCUCAGAGAAGAACUUCACCAGAGAGCAGGUGACCAAUGAGAUCACUCCGGUGCUGACGUACUCCUACAUGGCGGUGCUGGUGCCGGCCUUCCUGCUGACCGACCUGCUGCGCUACAAGCCGGUGCUGAUCAUCCAGGGCGUGAGCCACGUGGUGAUCUGGGUGCUGAUGCUGCUGGGCGCCACGCUGCUCCACAUGCAGCUGAUGGAGUUCUUCUAUGGCAUCACCAUGGCGUGCCGCGUGGCGUACUCCUCCUACAUCUUCUCCCUGGUCAGCCCGGUGCUCUACCAGCGCGUGGCCGGCUACUCCCGCUCCUCCGUCCUGCUGGGCGUCUUUGUCAGCUCUGUGCUGGGCCAGCUGUGCCUGUCGCUGGGUGACAUCAGCUACUACACUCUGGACGCCAUCUCCCUGGGCUUUGUGAGCUUCGGGCUGGCGCUGGCGUGCUGCCUGCCCUGGCCGAAGCGCUCGCUGUUUUUCAACCGGACGAAGAGACAGGAGCCGGCGGAGAAAGCCGCCCCUUCUGAAACGGACGAGAUGAACCCCAGGAGGGCGGGUUUGUCCUCAGCGGCGCGCUGGAAGGAGUCCAUCUUUGUGCAGAUGCUGCUGGAGGUCGGGAACAUGGUGAAGAGGCCUAACCUGAGGCUCUGGUCCCUGUGGUGGAUCUUCAACUCCACGGGGUAUUACCUGGUACUGUUCUACGUCCACAUCCUGUGGAACAAAGUGCAUUCCACCGCCAACUACAACGGCGCGGUGGAGGCAGCUGCGACCUUACUGAGUGCGAUCACCUCCUUCAUGGCGGGCUUUGCUAAAAUCCGUUGGAACAUCUGGUCGGAGCUGGUCAUCGGCGGCAUCACGGCGCUGCAGGCGGGCAUGCUGCUGGUCAUGGGCACCACUGGAAACAUCUGGGUCUGUUAUUCUUGCUACAUCCUCUUCAGAGGAUUCUACCAGUUCCUGGUUCCUAUCGCCACUUUCCAGAUCGCCUCGUCGCUCACCAGGGAGCUCUGCGCUCUGGUGUUCGGCAUCAACACUUUCUUGGGGACAGUACUGAAAAGCAUCAUCAACCUGAUAUUUUCAGACAAGAGAGGCCUGGGAUUAGACGUGACGUCUCAGUUCCGCAUCUACUUCAUCUACUUCAUCCUGCUGACCGUGGUGUACUUAAUCAGCGCCGCCGUCGUCCUGGUGCGUCACUUCCGGACCCAGAACCGGGGGGAGGAGGAGGCGUCACCCGACGGGCUGCACACAGAGCUCACGCCUGUUUCAAUGACCUCUGAAGAAGAGCCGCUGUCUAACAGCCAAAGUGUCAAAGCCUAAAGGCAACAAACACUUUGGAGAAGCUGCUGAGGUACCGGUCAUAUUAAUCUGGUAAAGAUGGCUGACGUUUUUUCUGAGCCUUAAUCAUGCAACUGUCUUGUCUUCUGCUACCUGAAGCCUCUUGCACUACAUUUAUGUUUCGCACCAUGAAACAGUCACAGAGCACAUCAGGUUUGAAACAUAUUACACUUUUUUCCUAACACAGCACUCCGAUUGUACUUGUUACAAAUAUCUGUAGACAAAAUCUGAUUGUAUUGAUUUUGCUGUUUUUUUUUCAUUAACAAAGACAAUCAUAUUUUGUGAUACAAGCACAUGCUGAAAGCUAAAAGAAACAUGACCACAAACUGCUGGAUUUUCUGCAGUGUUUAAUUUUAUUUGUAAUAAUCUAGUAUUAAUUUGUGUUUGAUACAAAUUGUUUUCUUUUUUUCUUUGUAGGACAACUCAGUUUUUAUUCUUAGAUUUUUUUAAGAUUUAGUGCCACAGUUUAAGGACCCAGAAAGAAAAACUGCUGCUUUUACUUUGAAAUUCAUAGGAAUGCAGUGUUACCUAAUCCUGCUGCAGGUUAAAACCAGGUUAAAGCUCAGAGUGAACUUCUAAUUCCCACACAGCAGAAGUUUCACUCUGUCAUAUUCAUUUUUCUUUAGUAGGAUUCUACUUUUGUUCAGAAUGUGCUCAGUGUGCAUUUUUUACUUUGAUUAAAAUAAUUUGAGAAAUGCAGUAUGAUAGGAAAUUGAAAGUUUUUAUUUUUUAUUCAUAAAUAAAAUAGUAGUAGUUGCUACAUUGUAUUUUGCCUUUUUUUAAAGACUUUGAUGAAGUGGAGUACAAGUACUGAAUUGCACUGGUCUAUCAUAAAAUCAAUUAAAAUACAUUGUUUGUUGUAACAUGAAGACAAUCAGGACAUAUGAAAAGAUUUUCAAAACACGCUUUCCAAGUUAUGAUUCUUGUUUUCUCAGCUGUAGUCGCUCACAACUCUGAUUAUUGUUUCUUUUUUUUUUGUUCCUGAUUUCUCAGCUGGUGGUUCUUCCUUUAACCGAACUGUUUGUACAGCUGAAUCACAAAGUUCUGAAAAUCUACCUUUUGAUCAAAAUAUAAUUUCAGAUGAAAACGAGACAAAAAAAGUCACUUCCAAGCAUAAUUGGCUUAAAUAAAAAAGUAGAGCAUGAAGU